UGGCAGGUGUUUUCUCUAUAUUACAAGCAGUAUCUAUUGUUCAAUUACAUUUUAUCAAUCCAACGAACACGGCAAUUGGUGUUCGCUCCCUACAAGGUCAGGGAGUCAUUCGACGGCCCACUCGCCUCCGCAUCCCACGCUCUCGAUGCCACACCACCCCGUCUUCAUUUUUUGUCUCCUCUUCAUUGUGUGUUUUUCGUCUCGUCGUCCGAGGUCUAUUCCCCCGAUCAAUGUAAUAUAGACAUCACCCGCACGUAUAAGAGAAUGCAAUUUGUUAUUUUAAACCGCAUCCGUGGUUUGUGAUUUAAGGCGUUUCUCGUCAACGACCGGCGCCAGACAAACUAAAAAAAAAAGAGAGAUGCACAUUGUCAUCAUGGAUGAUCAAUUUGCCAGCAAUUGUAAACGGAAUUGGUCGUGAGGGGUUAUAAGAAGCGUAAUCGGUGGCCAGGUUUUGAUACAUUCGGAAGGAUAAUUAUUGAUCGGGAGUAUUUUCACCGCUGGAAGACCCUUGGUCGGUCACAGUAGAAGUUGGAGUCAAAAAUGCAGCAAUGCAAUCGGGAUAACCGAGGACCUCUACAUCACAACACGGGACUAAGUCUGCCCUUCGCAAAUGGUGGACCGUUGGUGUUUCUGUUUUUCCUACUGACAAUGCUACACCACAACCCCGAGCCCUCAGGCAGGGGUUUGAUGGCUACCGCCGCUCUGCCUCAGUUCUGCGGACUACAGACUAUCCGGAUUGAGGUGGAGCAGAGUUUUCAAGAGGGGGACACUGGCGUCAAUCGCCUUCAUUGCCGCGGUAAUGUCACGCUGACCAGUUGCGAGGGACAGUGCCUCUCGUCCGUAGCGCCUAGCGUAGUAACGACAGCUGGUUUCGUAAAGAAAUGCACCUGCUGCCAAGAAACCCAGAUGCAGUCAACGAAAAUCCAACUUGCACACUGCGUCACCGAUGAGGGCGCUUGUUUAUCGGACUACGUGCGCGAGGUGGUGGUUCAGGAGCCGUCGAGGUGCGCUUGUCAACCCUGCAGCCCGUGAGGACCGCACACACCUGUUGUUUGGAGUCCAGUGUUCUACUUUCUACUCCUCUUUAAUGUAUGAAAACUGUUUGAUGUCAUUUCAGGAAGGCGCUGUUCAGUGUAGGGGUUUUCUGUUCAAAUAGUGAACCCAACAUUUGUUCACUGGCUU